UGUGCGAAACCUCUUCUGGUUUCUGUGUCUCAAAAAUGAUGGAAGGCGGUGAAGGAUUAACAAAAACGCGAAUAUACGUCGGAGGAUUAGGCGGCGGCGUGACGGAAGACGAUCUCCGGAAAACAUUCUCGGCGUUAGGUGAAGUUAUCUCUGUCGAUGUCGUCCGUACCAAAGGCCGUAGCUUCGCUUAUCUCGAUUUCCUUCCUUCUAACGAUAAAUCGCUCCCUAAACUCUUCAGCACGUAUAAUGGAUGUAUGUGGAAAGGAGGAAAGCUACGGCUCGAGAAGGCCAAGGAGCAUUAUCUUCUUCGAUUGAAGCGUGAGUGGCAAGAGGAAUCUGAAAAAGCCAGCAAAGUGUCUGAUAACUGUAAUACCGAUGCAGCCAAAAGUCAUGAUAGUUUAGAAAAGCCAAAAAAGCCUUCCCCGGCAGAUAAAACACAAAUUAACAUAUUUUUCCCUAAGCUGGGCAAGGUGAAAUCAUUGGCUCAAGUGGGAAUUGGCAAACACAAAUAUAGCUUCCAACGCAUUGAAGUUCCGUCCACUCCGACCCAUUUCUGUGAUUGUGAGGAGCACUCACUUGCUUUUACUCCACCCAUUAUGAAACAAUCUCCUGAAAUUGAGAAAGUAAACUAUGAAGUUGAUGAGCAGGAGCUCAAUAUUAUGAACUCAGUGAUGAACAAGAUUUUUGAAAGGGCAAAUCCGGCUAAGCAAGUAUCUAGGAAGUCUGAAACUACACCUGGAAAAGAUAAUUUGGUGGUUGUUGAAACUGAGGCAGAUAAUCUAGCAGAUGAAGCUAAUCUGAUAAUUAAUGUGGCUAAUGGAAAAAGUGACGACCUGGAUAUGUUAGAGGAAAUGAGGACCAUGAUGGCAAAUCGGGGACCGGUCACUAAGAAACCAACUACAUCAACUGAAAAGCCAAAGAUUCAAAAGAAGACUGUGUCACCCCCUAAGAAGAGAAAGUUGCCUUACUCAGAAGAAAACGAAUCUGGUAAAACCCCGAUCCCUGCAACAAGUAGCAAUUCUCAGACUCACGUGGAUACUCGAAAUGAUGGCAAAAUGAAAGUAAAGUCAAGUACAAAGCAAUCUGAUAGCAAUUCUUUGCGGUCAAUUAAGUCAACAUGGAAAGAUAUGCUUGGUCGAAAGCGCAAAACAUCAUUCAAUAUUGCAGACUUCAUUGCUCAACAGAAAGAAGAGGAAUUGAAGGUUAUUGAUACCAAUCACGUCUCAAAAGAGAAGAAUUUGGCCAAGAAGAGGAAGUCAGAGGGCGAUAAUGAGCUAGUGUCAGUCUCUGAGACUACAUCUGCAAAUUUGCUUAUAAACAAAGAGCCCACAUCCGAAGUAGGUGCAGUUAUCACUAAAAACAGUAUCUCCAAAACCCCUGCAAAUGGAUAUGAUCAAAAAGAUGAAUUGAAAGCCGACAGUCUUGAAAUGUCUUUGACAGCAAGUGGUCAGCAAUGCAAGGUAUCAGAUGUUCUUUCAGGUUCAUUUAAUGAAAAAGGGGAGGAACCCGGAAAUGAGGAUCUUGAUUGCAACUUAGAAAAGCUUGAAAAUGAUCAAGAUAUAGAGCUGAAUGAGGCUUCACCUGUGAAAUUUGAUCAAGAUAGAAAGAGUUUAAAAGAGGCUUCACCUGUGAAAAAUGAGCAAGAUGUAGUUCGAACUGCUAGAGGUGAAUUUUGGCGACAUAAAUCCUCAUGGACACAACUGAUUAGCACUACAAGCCAUAGCUCUUUUAGUAUUUCACAAAUUGUCCCCAGCUUAAGUUUUGAAAAGCAAGAACAGCAGGUGGAUACGUCCGAUCCACAACCAGCACACAAGGUUCUUGAUAAUCAGAUUUCAACUGGGAAGGGAGUUACUUCAUCACCUGUGAAGAAGAAUACUUCAGAGAAAAAGAGGAUUUUGUCUCUUAGAAACUUAGAAUCCAAGGGAACAUGUUCGUUUAUGAGGACUGAAGAUUCCAUGAAAGAGUGGAAGAAAGCGAAGGCAUCUUUAAGUGGAUCUCUCAACAAAAAGAAACGGUUAGCUAAUGAAUCUGCUUGACCUUAUUAAGGUUAUCUUGAAUAUUGAUUUUGUUGUCUUGUUUAAUCUUAUUAUUAGAUUGCAUACAGCUUAUUCAUGCCUUGGGUUAGGUCAAUCGGAUUAUAAUGUAAAAAUCUUGAUUAUGAAUCAAUUAUGUAUGGCUUUAUAAACUGUUUGUUUGCCCAA